ACAGCCAGUGGCGUCCCUAGGCAGGUGCGGGGGGUGUGCGCCGCACCGGGUGACACCUACCGCACAUGGUGACACCGGAUCCGCUCCACGAAAAGGUAAGUUGUAAAGCAAGCCUGACGAUCCCCGCAGGAUGGAUCGGAUCUGCGGAUUGAGCAUAAUGGAUUGGACUCUGAUCCAUUAUACUCAUUCCGCAAAUCCGAUCCAUCCUACGGUGAUCAUCAGAGGGGGUGACACCAAGUAUUAUUCGCACCGGGGGACACCAACCUAG